AUGCCACCUCCUCCUCCCCCGCCGCCACCGCCGCCGCCGGGAGGUUUGGGCGGUCCUCCCCCGCCGCCCCCUCCAGGUGGCCUCCCAGGCAGGCCUCCCAAAGGACAGGCUAAAGAUCGGGGCGCACUUCUUUCUGAUAUUCACAAGGGUGCCAGGCUGAGGAAGGCUGUUACCAAUGAUCGAUCAGCCCCUGUAAUCGGCAGUUCAGGAGGCGUCUCAGCAGCUCCCCCAGUCGCAGGUGCGCCACCUGUUCCUGGCGCAAGGCCGCCUCCAAGCGGGCUUGCACCGCCCGUACCAUCCGGUCCAGCCGCGAAUCGAUUACGAAGUAACAGCGAAGGGGUUUCGGGGACAGAUGGUGCAUCCAGUCCAACGCCACCUCAAUUAGGAGGUUUAUUUGCUGGUGGAAUGCCCAAGCUACGGAGUCGUGGAGGUAUCGAUACAGGUGCCAAUCGUGACUCGCCAUAUAUCUCCGAUUCCGAAGGGGCACAUCGACCACCUGCUGCGCCAGCCCCCAAGCCUCCAACAGCUCCCCGGCCUCCUGGAGUCAGACCGCCUCCCCGUCCAUCAUCGACCGAUGUACCGCCUGCGCCACCGAUCAAUCCUUUGAUUGCCGGCUUGAAGAAGCCUCCCCCAAGGCCUGCUUCACGAUCAUCAUCUACAGUUUCAGCGCCAGCUACAAGGGCCCCUGAAGCGCCGCCACCACGCGCGCCUCCUCCACCUCCAGCACCAGGCAAGCUUCCACCACCGCCUACAUCGAGAAAACCGUCCGGACCUCCGCCACCACCCCCAUCAGCCCCCGCGGGUCGGGCACCUCCUCCCCCGCCGGCUGCUUCUAGAUCGACACCUCCUCCUCCCCCCUCAAUAGCCCCCUCGAUUGCUGCGCAGGCUGCACGUUCUGCCCUGGGACAUUCUUCGCCCUCUGCACCUCCCCCACCACCCCCAUCAGCUGCCCCAGGUGCUCCACCCCCACCGCCUCCAAUUUCACUUCCUGCAGCUCCGCCAAGCGAGCCGCCAUCCCGACCAUCCCCUGCUUCCUCUCGCCCUGUCUCCCACGAACCAUUUGCAUCGCUGGACCCUAGCGCGUAUACACUUUCCAAUGGUGGAUCGCCUGCAGUAGGCGCACAAAGUCCUUCAACACAAGGACAUGGCCCAGUCCGAAUAGAAGACCCGCGAUUCAAAUUCCAAACUGAAGGGCUACUCCCCAAACCACGGCACUUUAUCGGUGGAGACCGCCGAUACCGCGCUGGACGGGGCAGCAGUGUUCCUUUGGAUCUGAGUGCUUUGCGAGGCUGA